AGAAAGACAAGCAGCUCUCAUAAAGUUGUUAUAUUGAGCUUCUAAUUAAACCUUAAAGCUCUUUGUGGUUUUGCUGCUCUCACCAGGACAAACAGCUCUUUGGAAACUGAGACACAAGAGAGAGAAGAAGAGGCUGAAACUUUCCCUUUGAUGAGACGAGUCCAUCAAUUAGCAUCACAGAGAGGCGUUCACGUGUCCGACACACACAUUUGCAAAUAAUGACAAGAAGAUGCACAAUGAGGAACACGGAGGGAGAGAAAGAGGGCACAUUUUAACCAGAUGCAUGCUAAUAAAUAACUCAGAGCCACCCCUCCAGCUGAGAGAGCACAUUUGCAUCCUUGAAUGGCAUGUAAAUUAGAAAGGUGGCGUGUGCUCAGUGUGCUGUAGUAUAAAUACAAACCCAGAGGAGCUGCAGGCAGACAGACAGACACCACCCUGAGUCCUCCUGAUCCUGAUCCUGGUCCACAUUGACACUGACAUGCAGCCAGUUGCAGCCAAAACCCCUCUCAGCCACAGGACCCCUUUCUCUGUGGAGGAUAUUCUGGAUCCAAACAAGUUUACAAGGAGGAUCAUCUGCUCUGAGGAUGCAACAACAGGAGCGUCUCCUUGCAGAGAUGCACCCAGAGAGCAGCAGCAUCCUCCGGCAGCAGGUGGGAGCUGCAGCCCGGAGGAGGAGGAGGCUCCGGGGAGGUCAACGGUUAAAAGCCGGCGGAUCCGCACCGCCUUCAGCCUGCAGCAGCUGCAGAUGCUGGAGCACAGUUUCCAGAUGUGCCACUACCUGUCGGUGCUGGAGCGGCACAGCAUCUCGUCGGCGCUGCGCCUCUCCGAGACUCAGGUCAAGAUCUGGUUCCAGAACAGGAGGACCAAGUGGAAGAAGGAGCGGCUGCACGGUCCAGAGGUGGUGGAGGUGGAGGAGGAGCACGGCUUCACCUCCUUCUCCUCACAUCCAGCUUUGUGCUCCUCCUCUCUGACCUACAGGCCGCUUUACUGCCAGCAGCGCGCUCCCAUCCAGAUGUUUGUGCCUUAUCAUCACUAUUAUACAUGAUGACUGAGUGACUGAGCACACUAUGGACCAACAGCAACACAAUAUGGUACUAUUACCAGGAGAGUUAACUUGCCAAACAGGAGUUAUUUUAUAUUUUCUAAUGUAAUUAUUCUAUAACUUAUUUUGAUAAACAUUUUUUAUUGACUUGUUUGUUUCUUGAAAUAUUAUUUAUUCUCACAUGAUGCCAGAAAAGAGUCAAAAUUAAGUUUUUAAAAAUGAAAAUAACUUGUUUGAACAAAUGCAAUCAUGUGGAUAAAUAUCUAAAGAAACAUAUAAUGUAUUAAAGACAUUUUAUUUCUAUAUUCUAAACUGUGAUUUUCCAUUUGUUGCAUCG